CGUGCUACAGUUGUGUUCCGACAUUGGGCGCAUCAGAUCACCGAUCACAAUAGUUGAUUUUAUUUUCGUUCGCGCUUAAUAAUAGAUUGCAAAAAGUAUAGUGAUCGACGUACAGGAAGUUUUAUUGUUGUGAUUAUUCUGUGUCGAAUUUUAAAAACUAUUUUAAUAUAUUUUCGGUGAAUCUCAUUCAGUAUCCACUUAUCAAGUGAGAACUUCAAAAAACAUUGGGCACAACACAAAAAACACGAUCAACACAACAUUUGUUCAAGUUAUGGCUGAAAAUAAUGAAGCAGUGGCAGACACCGAUAAAGAUGCUAAAGUGGCAAGCAAGUCUGCUGUAUCAACUAAACCAGCUAACAUUACUUUAACAAAAUCAAAUAGUGUUCCUGCUAAACCGAUGUCACCAUUUGCAAAAUUUAAACAAUUAGACCGACAGAACAGUGGUACAGGAAUUAUGCCAAGUAGCCCAAAAACACCGACGGGAACCGGUGGAGUUUUAUUCAAAGUCACGGAUCCUGAGUUAGCUAAAAAUGUCUGCAGUAUUAAAGAGAGAUUGCUAAAUUGGGCGAAAAGUAAAACAAGUGAAUAUGAGAAUAUAAAAAUAGACAACUUCAGCACGAGUUGGGCGGAUGGUCUCGCUUUCUGCGCUUUAAUACACCACUUCCUUCCAAAUGCCUUUGAUUAUCAUAAACUCAAUCCAAAAAAUAGAAGAUACAAUUUUACUUUGGCUUUCCGGGUGGCUGACGCAGAGGCUGGUAUUGCACCUCUACUCGAUGUUGAAGAUAUGGUUAUGAUGCGGAAACCCGAUUGGAAAUGUGUGUUUACGUAUGUGCAAUCUAUAUAUCGUCGCUUUAAGGACGAGGAUUAAGAAAUAUAAUAUGCAGUAAAUGAAGGGUUAUUGUUUUUUUCGUUGACCCUCGGUUCAUAAAAACUAAUACUUCUAUUAUUAUAUAAUUAAAUCUAAUAUUCACAAUCACAACGAUAGCACCUUGGGUCAAUUGCCCAUUAUCAUCACACGUGCCUGUGUUACAUUAAAACUGCCUUUGGCCUUAGAAGUGGUUUUUCCAAAUCUUAGAUAUUUUUUUCACCAUUCUGGAGAAUCUAAACUGAGCACUAUUUGAUGCCAACUUAAUUUCUUUUGCAAAUCAAGAAUCGUUUACGUGGUGGCUCUAAUCAGGCUUUUGUUCUAAAAUUUUGCUCAGCUAUAUUUCUUUUAUUGGAUUCAUUUGGCCUGCAACUUAUUUAGUUUUCAAAGUAUAGUGGCAGGAUAGAACGUAAUCAUAGAAUUUAUGAAAUUUUUCAUACUUCUUGGUCAAAUCUGUGGUGAUGUGUUAAAUAUUUUCAAUACGGAUUAGUGUAUCUGAAAAUAUAUAUUUGGUAAAUUUGUUAUUAAAUAUUUAGUUAUCGCAGACGCACAGUAAUACGAAGUAGUAUUUAAUGAAUACUCGGUACUCUUAUCACAGGAUGCUAUUGUAUGAAAUGGGGUUUUAGAGUAGUCACCUCCGUCUCGCAUCAGAAUGCUCACUAGGACUGUCUACAAAGAUUCUGGUUUAUAAUGAUCUCACUUGUUUAAUCACACGUUAAUUACCCACUAUUGUUGUAAUAUAUAUAUAUAU